AUGGCAGCACGACGUGAAUCGGCUGUACGUCAGCAUACAUUUUCAUUAUAUAAUUUAUCAGCAAAUGAAAUCUAUUUUCAAGAUUAUGCUAUUCUUUGUCAAAGUACAUUAAAUGAAGAUCAAAAAAUAAAAGGUCGUAUAAAAAUUUGUUCAAAAUCUCUUGUUUUUGUUCCGAAUGAUAUUCGUUCACCAAUGAUUAAAAUAUCAUAUCAACAAAUAUCAAAAUUUGAAGAUAGUCGAAAAAAUGAAUUAAGUCUUACUGAUUCAACAAUAGUAUCAUCAUCAAAUACAAAUAAAAAAAAUUCAAAUAGUUUAAUACUUAUUUGUUCAUCCGUCACAUUAAUGGCAAUUAAUGGACGUAUUGAACCAUAUACAAUAAUUUAUGAUCCACACCGUUUUUAUUUUGAAUUUGUUUAUUCAAAUGUUGAAGACUGUUUAUCUGUUGUUGGACAAUUAUAUCGUUCAACAACAUUACCAUUUCCAGGACAAGUUAUGAUGAUUGAAUCAAUUGUUCAAGGACGUUUAAAAAUGCUUAAAUUUGAUUUAAAACAAUUAAAAGAUUUAUAUGAAAAAAUUUUAUUUGAACAAGAUGCUUAUGUUAUUAAACCAUUAAUACAAAAUCCUGGUAAAUGUUUAUUAACAAAUCAAUGUUGUUAUUUUCAAGUAUUAAAUAAUAUAAAUGAACAGCAAAUUGUUAAAUAUGAUUUAAGUGCGUUAUUUAAAAUAACGAAACGACGAUAUAAAUUUCGUUACAUUGGUUGUGAAUUACAAUUUAAAUUGACAGAGCAACAACAUAAUCAAAAGAAAAUUUUAUAUUUGGUUUUUGCUAAUGAAUCCAUAUGUACAACAUUUUAUGAUUUAGUACUAGCUGAACCAUCUGUACGAAUUGAUUCAACAUCAUUUGAAAAUAUGACAUUACGAUGGCAACAAGGUACAAUAUCAAAUUAUGAUUAUUUACUUUAUUUAAAUGAUCGUAGUGAACGUUCAUUUCAUGAUUGUUCACAAUAUCCUGUAUUUCCAUGGGUAUUAAGAAAUUAUACAUCAAAAAAUCUUGAUUUAAAUGAUCCACAUACAUUUCGUGAUUUAAGUAAACCAAUUGGUGCACUUAAUAUUGAACGUUUAGAACGUUUAAAAGAACGUUAUAUAAAUAUGAGUUUACCAUCUGAUCAUCAACGUUUUCUUUAUGGAAGUUUUUAUUCAAAUCCAGGUUUUGUUGUUUAUUUUCUUUGUCGUCUUCAUCCGCAAUUUAGUUUAUGUUUAAAUGGUGGUCGUUUUGAUCAUUCAGAUCGAUUAUUUCAUUCAAUUAUUGAUACAUGGAAAAGUGUUUUAACAAGUGAUUCUGAUGUAAAAGAAUUAAUACCAGAAUUUUAUAUGUCAUCACAAUUUAAUGAUGAUGAAGAUGAUGAUGAACAUCGUCAAGAUGGAGAAUUUUUACUUAAUCAAUUUAAUAUUGAUUUUGGUAUACGACAUGAUGAUGUACGUGUUGGUGAUGUUAUACUUCCACCAUGGGCAGAAAAUGAACGAGAUUUUGUUUAUAAAAUGCGUUUAGCAUUAGAAAGUGAUUAUGUAUCACAACAUUUACAUGAAUGGAUUGAUCUUAUAUUUGGUUAUAAACAAUGUGGUGAAGAAGCUCGUCAAGCUGAUAAUUUAUUUCAUUACUUAACAUAUGGUGUACCAGAAAAUCAUACGUCAACAUCAACUGAAGAAUUUGAUGAACAAUUAUCAUUAGAAACACAAAUUCUUGAAUUUGGACAAAUUCCUAAACAGCUUUUCUUAAAACCACAUCCACGUAAAUUAACUAAACAAGAAUUAGAAGAAUAUGAUGAGCAAAAAACAAAUGCUAAUAUUGAUAUUCCAUCAAUUCCAAUUGAUAAUGAUAAUAAUGAUAUCGAAUUAAAAUCGGCACGUCCUCGAAUUCAAUCAUUAUCAUCAUUUGAACAAUAUGAAUUAGGUCAAUUUGAAUUUGAUUCUGUUUGUCGUUUACAUAAAACAGCUGUAAAACGUAUUGUACCACAUCCAUUAUUAUCAUCAACACAUUUAUUAACAAUAGGUGACGAUGGUUUUUUACGUAAUUAUAUGGUGGAUAAAAGUAAAAUUGAUACAUUUUAUUUUAUAUCAUCACGUCCGUUAACAUGUUUAAAAGCAAUUCAAGUACAUUCAUCAAUAAAUACAAAUGAACGUUCUUCAUUAGCAUUUAUUGGUAGUUAUGAUCAUACAUUAUAUAUUUAUAAUUUAGAAACAGGUACAUCAUUAUUAUCACAAGUUUUACAUGAUGAUACUAUUACUGAUUUAUAUAUAACAAAUCGAUCAACACCAACACUUUUAUGUACAUCAUCAACUGAUGCAACUGUACGUUUUUGGUCAUUAGAAAAUCUUAUUUCUAUUCAUAAUAAUAAUUAUAUACUUCAAACAGAUUAUCAUUUAUCAUCAAUUAUUCCAAUGCAAUAUGAUAUAUCAUUUGAUUCAUCUUGUACUUGCAUGCAUGUAUUAGAAGAACAUUGUCUUAUAACGGUUGGUUGUCAAGAUGGUUCAAUAUGUAUAUGUAACUUUCAAACUGGACAAAUAUUAAAACAAUUAACCUCAACAUCAUCAUCAUUACCAAUUUUAUCAUUAUCAUUACGUUCUGAUGGUCUUUUUCUUGCAUAUAUAACAUCAAGAACAGCAACAUUAGUUGAUAUUAUAUCAGGUACAGAUGUAUUUACAACAACAUGCUUAUCUGAUGAACAUUUAUUUAAUUCAUUAUUUUAUUUAUCACAAAUGUUAAUUAUUGGUUUAAUAAAUGGUUCAUGUGAUGUAUGGAAUUUAAAGAUAUGUGAAAAAGUUCAUACAUUAAAUAUUUCGGAUAAUAUAAGUAUAACAACAAUAGCAUAUAAUGAUGGAAUGUUUUUUUUUGGUACUGAUGAUGGAUCUGUACAUUCCUAUAUAUUUGCCAGUCGACAUCAAUUAUCUAUCUAG